AUGCCUAGUAAUAACGGAUCCAGAGAACGUUCGUCAUCAUUCAAACUUUUCAAUAAAAUAGGUAAUACCCUAAAGAUGGAGAAUGAUCAACCAGGUCAUUAUUCUGAAAUUGAAAACCGUUCUUUGAAAAAACAAUCAACUUCCCCUGGUAGUACAUUUGGACAUCACCUUUCGUCUGCUUUAUUUAACAAGAAAUCUUCUCCAACAGUGUUGAAAACUGCAAUUCAUGUUAAAUCUUCUUCUUCAUUGAGUAAUUUAGUAGCUCAUAGUCAUAAUCCUUUUGCAAACAAGCAAGAUAACAUCGGCGGUGGUUCGAGUAUUAGCGGUUCAAGAGGUGCUAAAAUUUCUCACGGGCAUAAUCAUCGUAAUGAUGCAAACGACAAUCCUUUAAAGUCCAGACACCUGCAUAUGGAAAAUAUAGUUUAUAAUCCAUAUGGCAUAAAUAACAAUACUACUCAACCUCAGAACGAUAUUAGUUUUUAUAUGCAAGAAGGUGAGAACAGUGAAAGAUUGUUACCUUUACCAGUUUCUAGUCCGGAUGACUUCCUACCUGAUCAUUUGAAACAAAAAAGCUACCAAUUAACUGAUGGUUUUAAUUUUGACAAAGACAAUAAAUUCUUGGGUGCAGGUAGUUCAAGUGAAGUGAAAAGAGUAAAAUCAGCAUUUGAUCAUAAAGAAAUUUAUGCUUUGAAGAAACUAACAAUGAUUCAUAAAGAAACUCCAGAGAGAUUUUAUAAAAGAUGUUCGAAAGAAUUUAUCAUUGCUAAAACCUUAAGUUGUAACAUCCAUGUAUCAAGCACGUUCUACCUGAUGAAAAUACCUACUAGCAAAUUUACAUCAAGAGGUUGGGGUUUUGUGAUGGAAUUAUGUGUUGGUGAUUUAUUUCAAUACCUUGAAAGAUCUGGGUGGAAAAAUGUUCCCGUUUCAGAAAAGUUCUGUAUUUUUAAACAAGUUGCAGAGGGUUUAAAAUUUAUACAUAGCAAAGGUAUUGUACAUAGAGAUGUUAAGCCGGAAAACAUUUUAUUGACAAAAGAUGGUAUUUGUAAGUUAACUGACUUUGGUAUCUCGGAUUAUUACCACGAAAUUCAUGAUGACUUAACUAGUCCAAUAAAAUUAUGUGAAGGGAUUAUCGGUUCGACACCCUAUGCUCCACCCGAGGUCAUGGUAUUUGAUGAUAAGAGGGAGCAUCCAAAAGAACAGAAAAAACCAUAUAAUCCAGUUCUGAUGGAUUGUUACGGAUUAGGUAUACUAUUUUUUGCUAUAAUGAAUUCAUAUUUACCAUUUACUGAAUCCUCACCUUUCGAUCCCAAAUUUAGAGACUUUGAAACGUCCUACGAUAAUUUUAUUUUUCAUCAAAAUAAAAAUUUUAGAGUAAAAGGUAACUACAAGCCUGGACCUGGUGGUGAAUACAAAUUAGGCAGAGGUUUUUUGAGCACGGAAGCAAGUCGUGUAGGUUGGAGACUAUUGGAUCCUAACCCUGAAACCCGUUAUAAUAUGGAUGAUUUAUUUGAUGAUCCAUGGUUUAAACAGGUUGAAACUUGCAUUGAUUCCAAUGCUACCGAAUACAAUGAUACCCAUUACCGUGUUUCUUUUCCACAAUUAAGUACUAAUACUAUGAACAAAGAUUCUGUUGAUAUGACACCAGAUACCGGUAGUAUUCAUAGUAUAGCUAGUGUUUCAACCGCUGCUACUAAAAAUGAUGUUCCUGAUUUACCGAGACCAAGAACCAUGGUUGACAUUGCAUUAUCUCCGGACUUGACUAAGAAGAAGAAGAAAGUUAAAGAAUUAUCAUCGAUUGACUCUGCAGAAGACUCUCCUGCUAAUGAUAUUGAUGUAAAGAAACACAUACAUGAUAUUCAGGAGCAUAAGAUAGUAUUUACCCUAGACGAUGCGGAAGCAGAAGAAGCGCAGCAAGAUACAUCCGAUUUUAAGACUUCUGAUGUUAGAGCUAAUGCUUUAUCUCAAGAUGUUCCUGAUAAAAUUGAUGAGUUAUUAGAAGGUUCAGUAGAAACAAAUGAGGAUAGUGGGAUAACAAAAGACCUUAAAAAUGUUAAGCUUGAUGGAGAUGGUAGAAGUGCAUCUGGGAGCGGCAAAGGGAAUAUAUUUAGAAAUGAAGCAAUGUCGACCAGUUCUUCUCUUACAUCAUUGAAAUCGAAUAGUAGCAAAAAAGCUGUUAUUCACCAUCAUCUGGACGUUCCGAAUAGUAUUCCAAACGCACCUUCUAUGAGAUCUUUUUCGGAUAGAUGA